AGCGAGGAGGUCGAAUGCGCCGCCAGCUGAUGGCCUCCAACGUCAAAACAUUCGCGUCGCAACUCCAGGACUUGACUCAUGAGUAUCGCUUUUUUUUUUUUUUACUCACGCUUGAUUCACUCUCGCCUUUCCUCUCGGGAGCAGCUGCUGGACGGAGAUCUGUGUCAGCUGGAAAUUCGCAGGGAGCUUUAAGGAGAAGAGGGUUUAACUGAAACACACAAAAUGAAUGGCUCCAGCACGCAAACCUUCGCCCAGAGUGGGGCCCUGCUGAGAGACCGCAAGCAGAAGACUUUCAAGAUCAUUGUCAUUGGCGACAGCAGUGUGGGGAAAACAUGUCUCACUUUCAGAUUCUGUGGGGGACAUUUCCCUGAUAGAACAGAAGCAACCAUUGGGGUAGAUUUCCGCGAAAGAAGAUUAAAGAUUGAUGGAGAGGAUGUUGUGCUCCAGCUCUGGGACACCGCAGGCCAGGAGAGAUUCCGAAGAUCGAUGGUCCAGCACUAUUACCGUAACGUCCACGCUGUUGUCUUCGUGUACGAUGUCACCAGAAUGGCCUCCUUUAUGUCGUUGCCGUCCUGGAUUGAAGAAUGCAACCACCACAGCCUCAGCUACAACAUACCACGGAUUCUUGUCGGCAACAAGUGUGACUGCAAGGACCACCUGGAAGUCCCUACCAAUGUGGCACAGAGAUUUGCCGAUCGCCACAGCAUGCCACUCUUUGAAACUUCAGCAAAAAAUGACAACGACUGUGAUCAUGUAGAGGCCAUCUUCAUGACCCUUGCCCAUAAGCUGAAAGCCUCCAAACCCAUGAUGCCCAUAGACCCCACACAGUUUCCUCCAGAAGACAUACACAGAGCGGAAGUCAUGUCCAUCGGCAGGGAGAGGAACGGGGUAGAAGUGCAGAACUCCAGCUCCUGCUACUGCUGAUACAGAGCUGAACCCGUGUGGUCCAACAAGAGCCUUCCAGGCAAAACUGCCCUGCUUAUUUAUCUGGUAUUAUUUAUGAUUAUGUGGAAGUGGCACCAGCAAGGAAGGACUGUCCUUGCAGUGUUCACAGGACAAACAAGAUCCUUUUGCAGGAGCUAGACUGUGCAAGCAUUUUUCUAUCCCAGCCUGGCAACUUUUAUAUGCCAGUUACUUUUGCUUGCCCUGAAUUGUGGCCAUUUACACUUUAUAAUAUGAUAAGAGGCCACUGUUUUAUAGGGAUAAAGGAGUCCCUCUUCACAGAACAAGCUUUUUUGAGAUAGUUUGUAAUACAUACUAAUUUGAAUUACGAAUAGCAGCCAAAUACACCAAUGGCUUCCUCAAGGUUACUGUACAUGGUAGCACCAUAAACAUAGGAUUUGGAUAGGAAACAAUAUUCAGAAACCCUAGGAUAAUUAAAAAUUUUGUAACCAAAGUUUCCAGAAACACGAAACUCUCUCUGCCUUCCCAUUCAAUAAAGUUGUCAUGUAGUGAAAGUGUGAAGAUGCAACUCGCAACAUUGUUAGAUUAUUAUCUAUUUAUUAUCGUUAGGUUAUCAGGAUAUUAGAUCUUUUGAAGAUUGUAAUUACAUUCCUCUUAAAGCUCCAGAGAGUUUUAUCUUAGGAGUCGGUGAUAUCUUGGGAUUGGUAUUGUUCAAAUUUAGUUAAUUGCUUUCCCUGUGCCUGUAUUUAACUAUAUAUUAACAAAGGAAAAAAUAGAGUUUGACUUUAAUUAUAAUUAAGGUUCUUGUGUCUGAGAAAUCUAUGUAUGAAAUCAACUCAAAUUCUGAAAUAUAGUGUAUAUGUUAAAUAAUUUUUGCAGCUACUUUGGUAUGUUAAGACUUUUCCAUGGUUUGCAAGUGAAAGUCAACUAUAACACACAUUUUUAUUAGUGAUCUGAAUGUGUCCUACGAGGUAAUAGGUGUUUAUAACAAUUAAUUUGUGCAAUAUGUGAUAUUAAGGAUAUGCAGUAAUUUAUAGGAUGUGUUAUUUAUUUUUGUUUUAGAUUUGUUGGAAAUCAUGUUCAUCAGAUGGCAAAAUCUACAGUUUCCAAUUUUUCCCACUCAUUAUUCCCAAUAAAAUAAAAAGUAGUGCAUACAUUUUGGUUCAUGUAUGUGUUAAAGGGCAUUGAUAGCUGCUCUUAUAUUGAAGGAAAUUUCAUUCAUGUUAAACUCUGUGCUUUGAUUUGGGAAUUUUUUUUUUUUUUUUUUUUUUUUUUUUUUUUUCUGUUGUGACAAGUGGGCAACCAUGCAGAAUUGAAAUUCGUCAACUCGUAGGAAAACUACCUUCAGAAGACAUUUUUGUUGCACAAAUAAAUCACAGCCGAAAACUGGGAAAAUAAAAAGCUUUUUGUAUAGCAAAACAAAAGGAGAUCUUUUGUAGUGGAUUAGGUAUGACCUUUUUUUUCUCCAUAAGAAAUAUAAGAUUGUGAACAUGUUAAGUGACAAGAAAUUUGCACAAGUACAGUCCUCAUGAAUAUCAGGAGUUUAGACACUUAUUGCUCUUUUGAUUGAAAAAACUACCAUCUAGUGAUAUUUGUUAAUGUUGCAUAUCUCCUAUAACCUUGUUGGUAGGUAUGUACAUGAGUUUAUUUUUAUACUUAUUUAUUUUUUCACUUUUGGGGGAAAAUGUCUGACAUGCUCUGGUGGAAGUGUGGUUUGAAGAAAGUUACAUAUUGAGUUAAAUGAAUAUAUAAAGUUCUGAGUCAUAGGGAUAUGUAUUUCUGAAAAUGCUCAUGUUUUGAUAUGCCAGAAGUUUUGUAACUUUGUCUCUCAAAAGACAGUGGUAAUGUGAUUUUUCAGAUUAGACUAAGUGUUUGUGUUCCCUUCAUCAACCCACUAUCAUCAGGAUUGCAUUUUUACCAUGAACUAUGUCUGGGUGUUCUUCACAAUGCAUAUCUCAGCUUGUACAACAAACUGGAGCAAUUUUACAUGGCACAGAAACGUUGGUAAUGAUAUAACGUUAAUACAUGCUGUGUUCUCAUGCUACAGUGAGACAAGUUGGCAAGUCACAUUGAUAGCAGUUGCAGUGCCAUGGUGCAACUUCUGCCCUUAUGGCAACAAAUGGGUCAGGCUCCCCUCUGCAUCCUCUCUGGAAGGGGAUUGCCAUAUACUGUAUACUGUAAAUACACAAAGACAUUCAUAUUAUUAUUCAAAUUUUCAUAAUCUUGUCAUAUUAGUGAUUAUAUGUAAUCAUUUAGUUUUUGGAGUCUUCAAUUUCCUGUAUUCAUUUAAUUUCUAAUAGCUAUUUUUAUAUGAAACUAUACUGUGAGGAAGUCUGCUAUAGAAAGUUCCAUCGUUGUAUCACUUGGCUUGGAAGUUGUAAAGAGAAUGUCAUAAUAUUUUGCACUUUUUUGCAUGCAGAGUGGGCUGAAGAAGUUGCUAUCCUUCCUUCUCACCUGUGGCACAGGAUGCAACAACAUUGAUCUCUUCUUCAGCUAAGAUAUGGUCACUGUAGAGAUGUUCUCUGGGCCAAUCCUGGGGCAUAUGUCAGGGAUAACUAGGAGGCUCUCAUUUGUGCUUUUGAUAUGAUCUCGAAUGGGUGUUGAAAGCUUUUGUUGGAGUCAGGAUAUAGUAUUGGUUGAAGGAUUGUGUUUUCCUUUUAUGUAUUUCACAUGUAUCAGUGUCUUCCAGUCUUUUGACAACACAGUGGCAUUCAUUUAAAUUAUUAGAAAUAUAUACUUUUAAUUUAUUUUAAGAUUAUGUAGCCUCUUAAUCAUUUGAAUGAUUUAUAGAUGUGUCAUUAUUAGUUUGCCUUCUUUGCUGAGAAAUUAAAUAAAGGGCAAGACCUCAGUUUGAUAGCCAGGGGCUCUCCCACACCAAAGAUCUUUACAGGUAUUAACCCCUAAGAUCUGAGUGCUUUGCUGACCACAUGUGGCCCAAAAUCCAGGCAGUAGGCUUAUUUGAGUUGCCAUUUGAGUUGCCUACUGGCUUGGAGGCCAGGUGCACAUGAACACUCAUGGGCGAUGUCAAGACUCCAUGCCUUCCUUUUACAGUGUUAGUAUCACUUUUCUACAUAAGCAUUUUUAGCUUUUUUUCCAUUUUCUAAUGUCUAUAUUUAUUUGAUAGGCUCUGUCCUUUCUUCAGACUCCAUAUCAUCUCUCUAGGUAGCCUGUAAAUUAAUGUAAGAAUAAUAACAAUCAGUAACAUUUAAUUCUUUGUGUCUUUUUUUUUAUAAUAAAUUUUCUACAAUACAACCUGUACCAAUAGGAUCCUGAGAAUAGGAUCCUGAGCAUGGAAACAGUGUCCUCCCUGGAGCCAGUGCUCCUCUUGUCAUGGCUCAUGGAUGGUACAUUUAUUGAUGGAAAUAAUGCAAGAGCCCUUUACUAAAUGCCCACUAAUCACCCUCCAAGAGCUUUGUCCACUCAGGGGGAGUCAUUUUGUUACCCUGGCCUUCAGCUGAAAUUUUCAUGACAACAAUUUCCCAUCUCCCCGGCCCUCAGCCAGAUUUUUCCAAGACAGCAAGUUCACGUCACCUGCCCUUCAUAAUGCGGUGGUCACAUCGUCCGGAUCAUAGGGGUUUCAUAACAAUCUCCAUUCAGAUUGUUAUUCUCCUUCAUUUCCUUAUGAUAACAUCAAAGGUACCCACAUUCAGCUUGAAAUUCUUGCAUGUUCUCAGAAAUUGCAUAGUAAAUAGGGCCUGAUUAUUGAUUUGAGAAUCUCCCAGUGUUAGAGACAAGUAGCAGUAAGACAGGAGAUUAAUUGAGAUCAUGGAUGGCAGGAGACCCCUGCUAGGGUAGCUCCAGACGUGAAUUGUGCAUGUAGAUGGUUCAGUAUACGGAAUAUGGAUUAAUGCUGGUAGUCACUGGACAUACUGGCAUAGCAGCAGCUGUAAGAAAACUGGUGAAUUAUGAAUGUGUUCUUUGUGAAUGUAUGGAAAUUUGUUUCUGAUUGCAAUGGUUAGUGGUAUGACCAUCUGUAUUUACAAACAAUUUAAAUGCAUAGGAUUUAAAAAAAGACAGGUAUUAAUGUUUGAUGGUGUAAAAUGCAGUGAGUGAAGAAUAGGAUUCAUAUGACUUAUGUUAAGUAUGAUUGAGAAUGAAACCACAAAGAUGUGUUUUGAAGUGGAUAGGUUAAACAAUGUUCCAUUUUUUAUUAAAUGAAAUUUCAUCCAUAACUUUUUAAAAGUUAAAUUGAAAAACUUUUGAAUAACUUAGAGGCUUGCAAUGUCUUCACCACUGGCAAUAAGACGUAUAUAAAUCCAUCUAUCUUUCUAGGAUUGAAGUCAUUUUUAUAUAAGUUGCUGAAAGUUCAUAUUUCAAUAUGCUGUACUAUCUCUGGACUCAUCUACAAAACUAUAUACCCUUUGUAAACUAAACUUAAUCAUAAGAUUUUAAUAUGUGAAUGAUAAAGCUGAACUGUGAGCUUUUGAUUGUCCAUUUAUACUUAACCUUUAUAGUAUUCAUGACAUAGCUAAAAUAACAUUGCCUGAGUUUACUAGAAUUACAAGAGAAUCUUAGUUCCAUUGCAGUAAAGGAUAUUGCUUGUGUAAUU